ACCCACGAAACUCCGACACAACUCUCUCUUUCGGUCUCUCUCUCUCUCAGAGUCAUCAACAGAGACCCACCAUGGCACACUGGCCAGAUAUCGGGUCAAAGAUUAGCUGAUAGGCAAAGAGACUGUCCAGUUUGUUGGUGGUGAAGAAGUUUAGGAUAGCGAUAAGCGGGUCGGGGUUGGCGUCGGUGUCGGUUAUUAUUAUCUUCGAUGGCAGAGUUGGUUGGGCCGAGGUUGUACAGUUGCUGUAAUUGCCGAAAUCAUGUAGCCCUUCACGAUGAUGUCAUUUCUAAAUCUUUUCAGGGGAGAAAUGGUCGAGCUUUUCUGUUCUCCCACGCGAUGAACAUUACAGUGGGACCCAAAGAGGACAGGCAGCUCACGACAGGUCUCCACACCGUAGCUGAUAUCUACUGCUGUGAUUGCCGUGAGGUGCUUGGUUGGAAGUAUGAGCGAGCCUACGAGGAAACACAAAAGUACAAGGAAGGGAAGUUCAUACUUGAGAAGUCAAAAAUAGUCAAGGAAAACUGGUAGUACCCACGAAUUUUUGGGUUUAAUUAUCCUUAUGCAAGUUUAAGUGUAUUGAUGCUUCUAUGUGUUUAUCUUGUCCAAAGAAAUCUCAUCAAUUGGAAAUAUUCAAUCAUUGUUCCUUGCUGUGCAUUCUUCUCGUGUUUUCUCUGUAAAAUGUAUUGGAGAUUAUUGAUUUGUUAAUAAAUUGUGAAUAGUUCUCUCCCUCA